AUGUGCGUUGCCCAGCAGCAAUCGGGACAUGGUAUGCCUAUGUUUGUCAACAAAACCCAGCGAAAUGAUUUUGGCUGCGGCCGCCCAAGUUCUGAUCAGAAUGGAAUGGCUAUCAAAGGUUACGGCGCCGGCAUUCACCCAAUUAAGUCCAUCGGGAGGGAUAAGGGUACCCGCCUUCUUGAUUAUUUUGUCGCUUUUAUUCAACAGAACAUGUUCACGAUGAGCUUCUCAUCAAUUGUCCCGGAGCUGCUUCCUCUAAUUUCGACUUCCUCCGUCCUGUACCAUGCAGUGAUAGCGGUUGGUGCUUUGGAUGCUAAUCGAUAUACCGGCGGUCGCGCACUACAGGGAGAGAAACCCCCCUAUGUAGAUGCCAUGACCUCUUACCAUAGGUCAAUGGGUAUUUUGCGGUCUAGUCUGGGAGACAGUAAUGUCAUGCAAAAAGAGGAUGUUCUUUGGGCUACAUUUUUCCUUGGACUGUUUGAGUUGCUCUCAGACGAUUCUGGUGAAGGCUGGGUCAAGCACAUGCUCUAUGGAACAUCGAAAAUGCUCCAGCUUGCAGGACCAAGCGAUUGCAUGUCAUCGGCCCGAAGGACAUUCUACGACCUGUUUCGUGUCCUCGAAGCCAGCCGAGCGUUACUCUAUAACGAAGAAACAAUCCUUUCUCAGGAAUGCUGGCUUCGGCUUCAAGAGACCUUGUCGAGCGAUGCCAUUCGAUGGGAGCCCAUGGAAGAGAUUAUAACCCUCAUGAUUGAGACAUCCGCCUUCAGCCUACGAGCCGGGACUAUAAUUCGGAUGAUUCCUGACGCAGAACGGUUCACGGAUCCGUCAGUUGCUCUUAUUGGGGCUGAAGGACUCGACGUCCAAGAAACUAUCUAUAACUGGCACUCAAAGACGUUGCUCCAGCUGGUCCAGGAUGGUCCUAAUCAAUAUUCAAACUUAGCUUUGCUGUAUUACCACGCUCUGCUGAUCUUCCUCUCUGGCAACUAUGACUAUUUUCCAUACUGGGACCAGAUCCCAGCCCCGGUGUUAUCACCUGCUGAAAUCACCGAACACCUGACUACGAUCCUGUAUCUCUCGGGCGAGGUGUUGCGCCACUCCAAGAUUCCUGGAGUGAUGCUGUUUUUCCCAAUGACCGUUGCGGGAUCUCGAGCCCGCACGGUUGAUCAAAAAUCCAAAAUACUGGAUCUGCUCGACCAGGUCUUUCGCAAAGGAUUCGUGGUCGCAACCAGGAUACGGGAUAAUUGCCUGGAACGGUGGGCCAAGAGGGAUCGAGAAGAGACAAUGCAUCUGGCCACCUGA